AUGCGCUGCUCCCGGCCUACGCUUUCAAUUGCCGCGUGGUCAGGCGGGCUGACGAUGUGCAGCGACGCUGUGGCGCAGGUGGUGCAGAGAAAGGAGGGUAAAAGUGGGGCUUUGACGCCGGUGCGGUGCCUCGUGGCGACGCGUGCCAUUUGCCGAGGGGAAAGGAUCUGCGUUGUGCCGGAGUCACACAUUCUGCACGGCGCAAGUGCCACCCAGUUGUUGCAACGGGCAGCAGCGGAGCAGUGCCUUCCCAGUUACGCCACAGCGCUGCGGUGCCUGGCGACGGUUGUGGGGGAUCCAUCCAUUCUAUCGACACGCGAUGCCUUGCUGGUCCUCCUUGCCGUGUAUGUGCUGCGAUGGGGUCGUCUGAAGCACCCUCUUACGGCGUGGUCCGCAUGCCUCCCACCGCGGGUGCCGCCGAUGGGUGUACUACUGCAGCAAAUUCAGCAUCAUCGCGCAGGGUCGGCGUCCUUUGAGCCGCUGCAGCGACGCCUCCGCAUCGGAUACCAGACUGUAGCUUUGCGACAUGGUGACGAAGACGCAGCAGAACUCUCCACGGAGUUGAUGCUGCAGGCAGCUGAACACUACGGCAUCGAGCACGUCGGAAAGCCGCAGACUGAAGUGUUAGCAUCGCAGGCGUUAAUGACAUCAUUUUACCGCGGCACUCGUCACCCGCUGACUCAGCGGCAGCAUGACGCUUACGCCGCGCGGCAGCGUCACGUCGUACCUGCGGAAACACAGCAACUGCUGCAGCUGGAGGAGUCGCUCCACAGCAACGUGCUUAAGCCGCUCCUCGCAUGUCUGUCGUCUCAGGGCAGUGAGUGCCGCACCGGUGAGUUUGGCAGUGGCGCUCUUCUUGAGGACCAUGAUGCCGAGGCAACAAUGGCCAAGAUGGAACAGUUGCGGUUGUCACAUUUCAUGGUGCGCUCCCGCGCGGUAAAUUUGCAUCCGCAGCGCUAUGACCAGCCUCAAAUUGCACUGGUGCCGUUUCUUGACAUGCUCAACCACUCAGUGAGGGAUGCCAAUGUGACGUACCAGCACAGUCCCGGUGUGGGCGUCGUUGCCGUCGCAUCACGGCCAAUUAGGGCCUCAGAAGAGUUGACUCUCAAUUAUGGCGAUUACAGACAACGGGGCUGCCUCUUUUCUCGCUCUCAACAGCGCAGCGUGGACAGGGAAGAGACGCGGGCGACCAUGCGCCGCAUCGAAUCACGUCAACUACGGGAGUGGGAUGAUGCCUCGGGUGAUGAUGCCGACGAGGACCUUGUGGUGGAUGCCCCAUUUGGCCAUGCCAUGCAACAACAAAAGCAGCAGCAGCAGUGCUGCUAUCACACGUCCUGUGAGGAGAGUAGCGAGGAGGCACGGACGGAGGCGACGUGGUUAUGGCGAUUUGGCUUCCCGCGUGGCGAUGACGAGAAGGCGUACGUCGCGUCACGGCUGUGGAGCAAGAGUCUGCGGCGACGCAUCGCCCAGCUGACAGACGUGCGCCGGAAAGGGCGGCCUGGUGAGUUUGUCAUUGGGGUGCCGGAGGGGCUGCAGCGCCUGCGUGAGCAACGUGAAAAGCUGGAGCGUGAGCGCUUUGGUGGUUCCACGGUGUUUCCCCCGCAGAACGCGUAA